UCCUCUCGCAACGCUCACACAGUUCCCUUCUCUUUCUUUCACUCUUUUCCAUAUACUACAGAUUCCAAUGAGGAAGAACAAACACGCUGCCCUGUCCAAGCACUGUCUUGUUACCUUGACUUCCAGAAACACAGAUCGUCCGCCACUCAGAGACCGGAGCAAUUCCGAUCCGCGUAAUCUGUCACCGUCCCGGCGUGAAAGACAUCGAGUCGACGGAAGGAAGCCUGCUACGUGUCCACGAGACGCCGUCGCCGUCGUCGUUCCACCUGGCUUUCGCUCUCUGCUCCCCUUUGUCCCCCUGCACGCCCUGGCUGGCCCGCGGCCUCAUAGGAGAUGCGCAUUCCGCGCUGUCACCCGAUCUGCGCGUCGAGCUCGUCGAAGUCCGGGCGCACGUCCGGGGGCCUCCGUGUACUCACAAGUACGACUUAGCGAUCGUCACGGCACAACCGGCGUGACUGCACUCCGUGCUGGCAAUGCCCUGGCCCGCUCGCUCCUCGACGGUCGCUGCGCGCCGGGUCCCCGUUUUUCUCACCGACGGGCCGCAUUUCAUGGGAUGCCCAGUGCCGUCUUCACCCUCCCGGGCCCGCGUUAACGCGUCUUCAACAAUCUCCUUGCGUAACGCGUUUCCUCAUACAAUUGUCGUUAUUAUUGUCAUUGAGAGUGCCUUUUCUGAUGUAUGAUUCCUUCAAUCUAUUACUUUUAUAAUUUCCGAAGAAUUUGGUUCAAAAUUGCGAAGUCCUCUUCCUGUUCUUACUUAGCAAUUUAUUGGCGAUACGUUAAUUGAGUAAACAUUGGGAUAUACUGAGCUAAUAAAUUAAUAUUAUACAAAUAUUGUGCCAAUAAAUAGGUUCAUUCUUCUAUUAAUUU